UUUUGUUAUGACUCAAUUCAAAUAUGAACCCUUUCCAUGUGCGUGCGGAUGAAGUCUGCCUUCUCCUGAUCUCCUCAAUCUCCUUUCCGCCGCCGGCCGAAGCAUCUCUUCCAAACCCACCCCGGAGAGGAAUGCAUCCGUGCUACCAAAGGCAACCCCGCCCGCCGCCCACAUCCACGCUCAAGACGCGGCGCUCACAUCUUGGUCCCCGGACACGACACGAGAGGUUUAACCCACAAGAAUCCACCCACACGCAUGGCAGAUCGUUCGUGCCGCUGCAGGCCAGGCGGGCGCCAUGGACAUGGACCUCGACCUCGGUGUGCAAGUCACCUGCCCGCCCGCACCCGGCGAGGACUUCGCCUUCGCCACCUCCGAGACCGACGCCGCCUUCCUCGUCCUCGCCCACCUCCCUGGCUACGCCAAGGAUGAGGUCGAGGUCCGCGUCGGAACGGGCGGCACGGAGGUCGCCGUCGCGUGCGCGAGGAAGGAUGCGUUCUCGGUGGAGGCGGCGGCGGCGAGGGUGCGGGUGGCGCACCGGCAGGUGGUCGACGGGUUCCGCCGCGCGUUCGACGUGCCGCCGGGCGUGGACGUGGGCCGGAUCACCGUCGGCUUCGAGGAGGACGACGGGCUGCUCGUCAUCAUCAUGCCCAAGCUGUGGCCGGAUCCGACGGAUGGCGGCGGGGACGAGGACGAGGAGGCGCGGCUCGACGUGGAGAGCGACGGCUGCGAGUGCGAGUCGUCGUCGCCCAGCGCGGAAAGCGACAGUGAUGUCGACGUCGAGAUGGAGCUGGAGCUCGGCGAUGAGGCGUCCAGCCUCGAUUUGGAGCAUGAGGAUUGGGUCGACGUCGAGUCGGAGGAGGAAGAGCCGGAGCCGCCGCGCGACGUGCCGGUGGUUACGGAGGUGCCGGUGGUGACUGAUGUGGCGGUGGAGACUCCGGUGCCGGUGGUCACGGACGUGGCGGUGGAGACGUCCGUGGAGGUAGAGGAGGACCGCAACGUUCCGGUGGAGACUCCUGUUGAGGUGGAGGAGGAUCGCGACGUUCCAGUGGAGACGCCGGUGGAGGUGGAGGAGGAUCGCGACGUGCCCGUGGAGACGCCGGUCGAGGUCGAGGCCGAGCCGCGCGUGGUGGACAUCGAGUGCGACGUCGUGUUCGAGCAGGCGGAGCCGGAGCCGCUGGUGGAGACGCCGAUCGAAGUGCUCGGGCCGCCGCACCGCGAGCCGGAGCCGCCGGCCGACGUGCCGAACCCGCCGGUGGACAUCCAGUGCGACGUGGAGACCAAGCCCGAGCCGCCCGCUGCGCUGGAACCCGAGGAGCCAAAGCCACCCGCCGAGGAACCUGUGCAAGAGCCGCCGGCCGAAGAGCCGGCACAGGUUGAGCCGCCUGCCGAAGAACCGGUGCCGAAGCCGCCUGCCGAAGAACCCGCAGUGGAAGAGACGCCGGUCCAAGAGCCAGUGGAAGAACCCGCAGUGGAAGAGACGCCGGUCCAAGAGCCAGUGGAAGAACCCGCAGUGGAAGAGACGCCGGUCCAAGAGCCAGUGGAAGAACCCGCAGACGAGACGCCGGUCCAAGAGCCAGUGGAAGAACCCGCAGUGGAAGAGACGCCGGUCCAAGAGCCAGUGGAAGAACCGGCGCAAGAGCCGCCGGUCGAGCCACCAAAACCAGCGACCCCACCAGAAUCUCCUUCAGGCAGCGAGGAUGGCAAUUCUGACAAGGACGACCCUGGAGGUGCUGAGGACGGCAGGAGGAGGCGUGGCAGGAGAGGAGGGCGGCGGCCGCGGCGAGGGAGGCGCCGAGGCCUCGGGCUGGGAAUGGUGGUCGCCCCCGCGCUGAUCCUGCUCGCGCUCGCGGUGGCCGCGGCGAGGAGGCGGCGGCAGCAGCAGCAACGCGGGUGAGCCGCCGGCCGGCUCCUCGACGUGGUGUUGUGUGGAGUAGUGUAGCCGUGUGGUGUGUGCCCCUUCAGUCAGUAACUGACGCCUGGUGUCUAGUAUGAAA